CUGAUUUGUCUAUGAAAAAUAAAAUCCCCGGAGUGCGUGCAGACGAUUCUGAAUGAUGAAUGCAUUGUUAGUUCAAAACAAAGCAUUGUGGACCAAUUAAGGUUCAAGAGAACCAGUGUUUGGAUUAUUAAUUGAGGCUUUUUGUUAAAAACGAAGAAAUAUAUUUAAAGGAAUGAUGGUGGAGGGUUCUGCAUUUACUCGUAACGAUGUGUUUCAAAUGGCAAUACGUGUGGCAUUCGUAUCUGCUGUUACUUAUUUCUCUAUUAAGUGGCUGGUUAAUCAGAUAGAUCCCACUUCGAAAAGCCGAAAGAAAGCAGAAGAAAAGGCGCGGGAACAGUUACGCAAGGUCUCUUGCAGAGCUGGCCUUGGCAGUAAGCACUCAGUGGUGUUUGACAAGUUGACUGACCAUGAAAUGAUCAUCGCUUCACAACUUGUGGUCCCAGAUGAGAUCAGCGUGAACUGGAAGGAUAUAGCUGGUCUUGACAAUUUAAUUAUGGAACUGCGUGAGACUGUUAUUUUGCCUAUUCAAAAGCGGGAGUUGUUUGCAGACAGUCGACUGACGCAGCCACCAAAGGGAGUCCUUUUGCAUGGUCCACCUGGUUGUGGAAAGACUUUAAUAGCAAAAGCGACAGCAAAGGAAGCAAACAUGAGUUUUAUUAACCUUGACGUAUCAAUGUUAACUGACAAAUGGUACGGAGAGACACAAAAGCUAGCAGCUGCUGUCUUCAGCCUUGCUGUUAAGCUUCAACCGUGUAUUGUGUUUAUAGAUGAAAUCGAAUCUUUCCUACGCACACGCAACUCUCACGAUCACGAAGCAACGGCAAUGAUGAAGACCCAGUUCAUGUCCCUGUGGGAUGGACUUAUCACUGACCCCUCUUGUACCGUUAUUAUUAUGGGAGCAACGAAUCGACCUCAAGACCUGGACAAGGCGAUCCAGCGGCGUAUGCCUGCCACCUUCCACGUGCCCAUGCCGAACGACUUCCAAAGGGAGAGGAUCCUGCAAUUGAUUCUUCACAAGGAACCCGUUGCCUCUGAUAUCGACUACAAGAAAUUAGCAGCCAGCUCCGAAGGCUUCUCCGGGUCUGAUCUCCAUGAAGUGUGUCGUCAGGCGGCUGUCUAUCGAGUCAGGGAUUACGCACGAGAGGAGAUGGCGAGGGAGAAGGAGUCUCAAGACAGCAGAAAUAGUACGGAGUCGGAUGAGGAGUACACAGACGCGAUGCGUCCAAUCACGAUGGAGGACUUACGACAUUCCUUGGCCAAGUUGAAGGAGUCCAAGAUUCAGUGCGGGUCGCUGGCGCCAUCUAUGAGAAUAGAGUUGGACUAAAUGAAGCCACGGAAACUCUGGAAUUUUCCACACUCGAAUGUUCCACGAAGAGGUUGUAGAAUGGUCGCGGAAGUCAAUGAUGUUCUGGAAUUUGAUGUUUAAAUCUUUGGUGCCUCUGGAAUCGUGGUGAUUCCGGAAAUAUUAAAUCUUUGGUGUAUCUGGAAUCAUGGCGAUUCCGGAAAUAUACGUAAUGGUCCGCGAACAUUCUAGAACCAUAAGCGUUUCGGGAUAUUCAAAAGCUUUUAGAUUAAUUUCGGAAUAUUCAAGAAUUUCCGCGAAAAGUAAGUGUUUAACGCUUCCGGACGCUUCGCGAAGAUUCUGGAAUUUUUGGAAUUUGUAGAUUAAUAGUUAAAUUGACUUGUUGAGUUACGGCUUUUUGAAAGUUUCGGUUCUGGGACGAAUGUAUUUAUUUGCUAUUUUUUUUUUAUAAAAUUCAACUUAAUAAUAAUCCAGUAUAGUUUUUAUUUUAGUUUUUUAAAACUUAAGUUAUUUAACUCAUUUCACACAAAAUAAUUAUUCGAUAGCUAUUUGAUGUCUAUAUUAAUAUGAGGGGCAUAGCACUGAAUAUGAACUCAUUUGACCGUAAUUGGUCUUGGGUUUGAUUCUGGGAUAUAAAAAAAAUGCUCGCAGUGUAGUGCAAUUUUUAUUUUUGACAUAAAUUAUUAGAUAGAUAGAUAGCUAAAUUUUUGAAGCCGAAAAUCACGGGUUUCUCGCAAAUUACAAUUAUUCAAUGAAAAAUUAUCACUCGGUACAAAACCAAAAAAAAUCCAUGGCUGUAUUCAAUUAUAGCUUGUUCUUUUAACUGAAUAAUCUAAAAUACAGAUUAUUUUGUUUGUUUGUAGUUGAUAACCUCUAAAACGGCUGAACCACUUUUAAUUAUUCUAUAUUAUCAUCACUGAUACUUUCAUAUUUUUUUAGGUUUCAUGUAUUUUUUAUAUCUCAUCAUUUUGGUUGAUUUAAAUAUAAUAUUUAAAUCAACCAAAAUGAUUUUAUUAACAAUUAAAUUGGAAUAUAAUUUUGUGCUUGUUUCUAAGUUACGAGGGUGAGACCGCAGAGAAGAUAUUAAAGUUUUGAAAGCUCUUAACCAAUAUUUUUUUGCAUUGUUAUUAUAAUGUAAUUGUUCAUUUGUAAUGCCCAAACUUCCACUCAAAUAUGGUUUGUGAGUUUAUAUUGAGUGGAUUCACUGCUUAUACAGGUUUUAUGUAGAUAAAUUGUAAAUAAAGGGAAAUAAAAUGUUGAGAAUG